UGCAGAUCGUUCCAGCGUGCCUUGCAGCCAUGACGGGGGCGGAAUCACCAAUCGAUUUGCCUGUUGAGGCCCCAUCGGCUGUCGGCGCCGUGUCGAGCAAGCGAGAGGGUGGCGAGUUGCACACACAGACAACAGGGGAGACGGUGGCAGGGGACGGAGCGGAGGUGGGAGAGGAGGGGUAUAGUAACGAGGGCGAGAUGGAGAGAACCAGCCUGGAUGAUGUCCUCAAGAGCUCGGGGGCGCAACUGGAGGUAGAACAUCAGUGAGACGCCUCGGAUGGAUCUGGGUACUGACUGACUGUCGUUGAUUGGUUGACUCAGGUCAAGCGGGUCGACAAGGACCGAACCAUCAUUGGCGACUCGUAAGACCCCAGCAGAGCAGAAACACUCCAUGAGACAGACAGACAGACAGACGGACAGACCAACGGCAGUCUCCCUCCCUCUUUGCGUGUGCCGCGCGGCAGGAGUGCGGACGAGAUGAGGGACGCGGCUUUGAAGCAGCAGCGGAUGGAGGCCGUGUGGCGGCAGAUCAAGGACCUCGGCCGGAGUGACAAGAUGAAGUGGGCCAGCGACAAGAGACACAAGGCCAACAAACUCUACCAGCAACAGAAGUUCAAGUGUGUGCGUCGUUUAAUCAAAGUAGAGAAAUACAGAGAGACGUGUCCGUGUCUGUGUGGGGGGGCUCGUGCCUGCAGGCAGGCCAUUGAGGAGUACUCAGACUGCCUGCUUGCUUUGGACUUUGGUAAGCCAUCCACCCACCCACCCAUGCCAUCAAUGCAUGCCCCCUUUACAGCACUGUCGACAGUAUACCAUCCAUCUCUGCCUGCCUGCCUGCCUGCCUGCAUGCGUGUAGGCAAGAGCGAGGCAGAGGCGCGUGACUGCCAGGAGCACCUGCAGCUGCCCGUCGUCACCAACCUCGCCGCCUGCAUGCUCGAAACCAACGUUAGUACACACGCAUCAUGCGCACCAAUAUUGACUGACACGUAUAUAUACAUCGGCACACACGAACGAGAAGAAGACACUUUAUAUUGCUCACCUGCAUGGCAUGCAGGAGAACAGGCGAUGCAUCGCACUUUGCGACACGGUCGGCGUCGGCGCCUACAAGGAACACACACACACGGGCAUACACACCCAUCGAUGGGACCUGAGACCUUUCUCUGAUUUGAGCAGGCGCUGUCGAUCGACCCCCGCUGCAUCAAGGCCCGUUUUCGCCGCGGGGUGGCGCACCACAGACUGUGCGAGACAGAUGAAGCGCAGCAGGCAAGAAAUACUACACGACGAGCGGCGAACCGUGCGUGGGUGUGGUGUGGGUGUGGAUGUGUGCAGGAUUUUGUCGAGACGGUGCGUCUGGUAGAUGGGCUGGAGGAGGCCCAGAAAGCCGAAGAAUCCCAUGUAUGUAUGUCCCUACGGCUCGGGAUGGGCGGUGUGGGGUGGGUUAUGUGUUCCUUCCUUACUUGCUCCCGUGCAUGCCAUGCCAUGCAGCUGCAGCUGAAGAAGCGGGCGAGUGUGUAUCUGGACGGCAUACAGAGACGCAAAAAGGUCAGUCAGCCAGUCGACGCUCCCCGCCCUGCCUGUCUAUCUGUGUAUGUCGGCACGUGUGUGCGUACUCUUAGGUGGACAAAGCCAUGUAUUCCAGGAUGUUCGCCAAGGACAAACCCCUCUACCCGGUCAGCCAGCGGGCGCGUCACACGUGUGCCUUUUCCUUGCUUGCACUAUGAUGAUUGAUGAAUGUGUGGACAAAUGCAGGAUAAGCCAUCGGCCGGCAGUGCGGCCAGCGGGCCAUCUGUGUGGCGUCGGUGGGCGAGGCAUGCUGUGCGGGUGUGUGCCCGGCUGCUUGUGAGGGUCUUCUGCCCAGAACGGAACACACCUAAGAGGGAGGACUGACUCUGAGCCUCCAUGUGUGUGUGUGUGUGUUUCUCUGUGUGGGAAGUUUCUUCAUUGUGUGCCCUGCACUGCAUGGACGCGCUGAUUCGUUGGCGCGUUUUGGGUGUGUUUGGUGUAUUGCGGGUCAGUCAUGCCAUGCCAUGCAGACGAAGUGAGUGAGUGAGUGAGUGAGAGAGUGAGAGAGACACACACCAGACAGAAAAAGGGCAGGUCGGUACGUGAUGUGGGUGUGAAGUUCCGACCUACCUGUAGCUCAGCUGCCUGCCUGCCUGCCUGCCUUACUACUCCUACUACCUUUAUGAUAGAUAUGAGCCAGGAAGGAAUAAUGGCAACAAAUACACAAAUGGAGAGACACACAGACAGAGGGGGCGGUGCGAUGGAUGCGAUGCACCUACAGGCAGUAAGCAGCUAGUCAGCGAGCGACACUCUCUCCUAAAUACGCCCGCCCGCCG